AUGCCGGACUCGUAGUAUCCGCUCCGUAGCGUUAUCGGGAAAGCGCGGGAAAACCUCGCCGAGUCGCGCUUGCUUCAGUAGGCUCGCGCCCGCCGACAGACAUGCACGGGUCCACGCGUGCGCUCCGUCUGCUACUCGCGAUACUCGCGCUCGCGACCGCGCGCGCUCAUCUGUCCUCGCACGACAAUAUCCUCAGGAUACAGUUGUGGGACGCCGAGGGCCUCUCCCGGGAGCCCAUCACCACAGUGGCACCUCCUGCCGUCAAGCGGCACAAGUUACAAGUUAACUUGGACUCGCUCUACAAUGCUAUGCUCGAGGAAAGUCACGGCGGCGGGUUCGGCCGCUUCACCAGGCACAAAGUGAGGCACAAGAGGCGGCGGCCUCGGCAGAGCGGCACCGACUUCCCGUGGAGAUUCCACUCCGGCUCCAGUCUGAUGAACGUCGAGGUGUACGACUAUGACGUGCCGUGGAACGCCAUCGAAGGGAGCGACGCUGGAAGAACUGUGUUAGCGAGUGCAGUGAGUGUGAGUGGCAGUUCGGGAGUGAAUGAGCAGCGUGACGUGGGGCCGCCGAUGACGCUGCGCCAGCCACCCGACGAGGAAGAAGCCAAGGAGCUGCCGGUGGUUCGAAAAUGCUGUCCAAGCGGUCAGAACAUGACCUUCGUGAUGAAAGACGGGAACAACAAGACGGCAUGCGCGAGAUCCUCCCUGACAUUCCAGCCAGACUUCCACAAAGCGAACGAGACACACAUAUUUAGCUACGACAGCAAUGUUUAUGAAACAAUCGUUGGCAACCCUUGUCUUUACGAGAGCUAUAAAUUAGAACCUGAUGUUUACAGUAAAGACGAGUUCUAUCUUUUGGUGAAUGGUUCACUAUUUGUGCCGUAUAGUACGCAAUAUUUGCUUGGGACGAGGGAUUUUUGUAUGGAAACGUUUUGGAGUCCAGCAAACCCAGCGGGGGUGACCUUGCCUCUUGUUUGUUUCACGACUCCAUUGGAGGAAGCCAAGACUUCUGCUUCUCUUAUAGUUUAUGCUACAGGGCUCCUAAUAUCAGUCCCCUUUCUCCUGAUCACGGCGUGUGUAUAUUUACUCAUAACAGAACUGAGGGACACACACGGUAAAGCGUUGGCGUGCCACACAAUUUGUUUGGCACUCGCGUUCACUUGUUUGGCUGCCACUCAGUUGGCGGGCCAUGCAUUUCCCGUCGUCGCGUGCACUAUUAUGGCGUACCUCAUCCAGUUCUCAUUUGUUUCGUGCUUCUUCUGGCUGAACGUGAUGUGUUUUGAUAUAUUCUUGAAUGCUCGGAGACACUUAACAACCCCAUCGCCAGUAACCCGGCGGAGUAUGAGGCGACGAUUCGCAUGGUACUGCGCAUAUGCGAUACUACUGCCUGUGUUAUUGUUAGUCAUUACUAUCACCAUGGACCUCUCCCCCGCGGUACCCAGUACCUACCUCAAACCAAACUUCGGAGUCAAAGGCUGCUGGUUUAAAACGGACGAGGCAGCGUUGCCAUAUUUUUACGGUCCGGUAGCUGUGAUCCUGUUGAGCAACUUAAUAAUAUUUUUUCUCACAUCGCGUCUCUUCGCUAUGCACGAUGAGCUUAAAGAUCCGCUGGAUCCGACCCAUUCAGACUUCAGUACGUCAGAUGACUGGGUUCGGCUGCAAGCUGUACUGGGUCAGCCUUUAUCAUCGCAGGAGCGGACCUCGUCACCGCCGCGAGAAGCGCCAAGCAACAUCAGUCAGAGGUUGAAGAAGUAUAAAAAAAUUUUCCGAACCUGUUGCAUGCUGUCAUUUAUCAUGGGGCUGUCGUGGGUGCUGGAGGUGGUCUCCUGGGCCGCCGGUUCUAGUUCCUCUACCGUCUCGGUGUGGUCUAUAUUUGACCUCAUCAAUGCACUGCAAGGAGUGGUCAUCUUUGCCAUAUUCGUGUUGCAGCAACCCGUCCGGUCGUAUGUUAAGUCGUCCAAACUCUUCAAAUCCUGCGGGAGAAAGGUGAAUGGUUCGGAAGUGUCAGUGAGUGAAAGAAACAGUAUCAUCAGAGAGGGAAGGAGGGACUAUGUUUAGUGCGCUGUAGGAAUGAAACUAUCGAUAAAAUCGAACUAUCGAUAACAAUAGGGAAGUGACACUCGAGACUGAUAGCGGUAACAGUAUUAUUUGUUUUGAAGGUCAAUAAUAUACAUCAGUAAUUGUAUUUUACUUGGACAAUGUAAUAGAUGCCUGAAGUGUUAUUUACAAUGGCACUGAUAAUUAGAUUUGCUAGGGACCGGAUAUUGGGUAAUUUAAUUGGUAAGUUAAAUUAAAAAAAAAAACAAUUUGUGAUUUGAAUCAGAAUAGGAAAUGAAUUGUAACAUAAUAAAACAUAAUGGGUUAUUUAAAGAAAACUUUAACGGAUAAAAUGCUUUGUGAAUUCAUUUACACGCGACUAUUCUGGUAAUUUUGUCUCACAUAAUAUUUCGUGUAGCUAAUUUUUAAUAAUACCACGAUUAUUUGGCGCAAUCGACAAAUCAGUUAAUAAAGCGAUUAUAUUGAUGAUUUGACGAUGCAUAUUAUUGACCUUAAAAACUUUAUCAAUGCAAAUCAACUGCGACUUCUUUCAUGUUUUUUACUCCUGUGAUAGCAUAUUCUUUACCGUUGUUAUUUUGCUAAAGUUUUCCAAUAAUUGUUUUAUAAAUUCUAUAGAACUGUUCAUAACAAGCUUAGUAUCCUUGUUCUAUGCGAUUAACGUUUAGUUACCGUCUGUAUUAGUUGGGAUUACAUUUGAGCUGCCAAAGAACAUUAUUGCGGUUGAUUGAACUUGUCCACAUAAACUGUUUAACUUUAUAUGAAAUUCCUUAGUAAGUACUUACGCGUUUAUUUGUAAAAUUUUGUAGGUUUGCUAGUAUUAAUACUGCAGAUAAUUUAGGAAUCUCGUCUAUGUACGAUCUCGUCUAUUUACGAUACUACAAUUUUGAGGCUAUUUUAUUUGAAUCUGUUGAAUUGGAUACACUUAUAGCUAUCGUAUAUUUAGCUAAGAAAAGUAUUUACGUCAAUGUAGAAUUUCCUAAGUGCUUAUUUUGUAGAAAAACUAUUUAAUAACCAGUAUUUAUUCAAAUACUUUGACCAAUUUGAAAUGUUUCUCAGCUCAAGUGUAAGCUCAACUCAGCUUGUUAUAUUAUGGUUGUUAAUAAUUAGCAUAAGAGAUUUUAAUAUUUUUAUAACGUAACGAUACAAGUGACCAAGAUAAAUAACGUAAUGUAUAGACAGCUUUUAAAAAACUAGUACUUGCCAGCUAAUAUUUUGUUGUAGUCAGUUUUUUUUUAAUAUAUAUUUGAAUAUAGAACCUCUUCCUUUUUUGAGCUCAUUUAAAAAGUUCGCUGACGUUUAAUUAUUAUUUAUAAUUAGGUAUUCUUUUUUUUAAAUGCAUUGGAUGAGACCUGGGAUUUGAUGAUUCAAAAACAUAUAUUUUUAUUAUUUAACUCAACUGUGGUCCAGGAUUGCAUUUUAUUACUAUUAAUGAUUGUAAUUGUGUAUACUUGAAUUAAUUCCUUUUUUGUUGUUAUAAAUUUUGCUUAAUGUUGCUGGCUAGUACUCCAAAAAUAUUUAUGAGACAAAAAUAUGUAGUGCCAUACUUUAAUAAUAGUAAAAAACUAUAAAAUUUCUGGUGCAUUUUGUUUCCUUCUUAGGAACCUAGUCAUAAAUUGUGUAUUUUAACUUGUAAAUACUUUGGUAAUUUAUUCGCUAUUUUUUUUCCGAUGGAUACAAUUUACACAAAAAGUUUAUGGUGAAGUCUUAUUUAUACUUUAGAUCUAAGUAUUGCUUUAUGUAAUAGCUGUCAGAUUUGUUACAACUAUGUUAUAGUUAUGUUCAUAAAAUCUUCUAUGUUUAGUUUUAUGUUAUUUUUUUUUUUGUUAAUCUUGCAAUGUCACGUAAUUUGGGUUUAAGAAACUAUUUUAGUAAUUUGUGCAUUCAUAAAUAGCGUACAAAAUAUAUUGCAAAUGUCUAUUGAAAUAAAAUAAUUGUAUAAAGAAGUUACAUUUAUAAUUUAAAUGGAUUACAAAUCAGGUAGAUAUAAUUUUUUCAGAUACCUGAUUAUAAUGUAUUAAGUUAAUGUUAAGCCUAUUCCACACUGAAUGACAAAGCUUCCAAAGUCAAUAAAUUUGUAAAUUAUAGAGCUCAUCGCAUAUAGAUAUUGGUGGUUAAUAGAGAAUUUGAAAUUGAUGAAGAUGUAUAGAACAUCGAUUUACACAUAAAAUCAGCAAAUUAAUAUUUGACCUGGUAACUGGAAAACGAUGCUUAACAUCCAUAAUUCUAUGAGAAUUGUGCAUACGCUAUCAUUCUGUAAAGAUAAAUUGGUUAGAAAAAAACACGAUCCUUUUGCUUUUAAAAUCUACCAACCAAUGUUUGAUCAAUACAUCGCCAAUAUUUGCCAAGUCUUGCUGACCUCUGAAUUUUGACCUCUGAGUUCACACUAAGCUUUUUAAAUACCGCUUGUAAUCAAAAUUUAAAAAAUUCACGACAAUAAUUAGAUGUGUAAAGUUAAUGUAUCUUGAUAUUUAUUUCUUAUCGAAGAGUAUAUGUUAUAAAUUAUGUUCACACGCCUACCUGAUAUAUUACUGAAUCUUUUUUAUAUAGGACUAGAUAUAAUAAUUUAAAUGUAUAGCUAUAUAUAGUUUAUGUUACGAAUCUUCAUGGAAUUUGAAAUGCCUAAAUAAUUUUUUCAUUGCGAAUUUUAAAAUCAAGACAGCUCCGAUUUUAGAAUCAAAUUAAAUUCCGAUAAAUUCGUAGCAAUUGAGGUUAUCUCGUCAACAUUAGCGUAAACCAGAGUUUGUAAUUCAAGACAGAACUUAUGUCAUUGUCAUUUCUAAUCUUAAUGAAAGUGACAGCGUGAUUUCUAUUAUCUCGGAUUACGAUUUCACAUGGUUUGCCGCGCAAACCGAGGUUGACGCAAGUAAGCCUUGUAUAUACUGUAAUCUUAUAGUUACGUAGGUAAGUAAACGUAUAUUGUCGCGUUAAUCGCUGUGUAUAAAUGAGUCCUAACAUUUUGUGUAAGUUAGUGUAUGCGUGUGUAACUAUGUAAUAUAAUUAUUGUUAAAUGUUGAUGCGGAAUUUUUAAGUGAAAAAAGUGACAAUUUAAAAUGUAUAUUUGUCUAUUUUGCAAAACAUGACGUUAAAUAAACAAGCUUUAUAUAUAA